AUGACAGAAAGGAAAAAACUUAAUGAAAAUACGUUUACGAACGUGGGAUUUUCAGGCACUGUCCCAAAGUCAGCUUGGAAGGAAAUUCUAAGAACAUCAAUUGAAAUAUCGAACGAAACGCUUAUUCCUGGAGAAUUUGGUGUUACCGUCGCACGGGGAACGUUUUCAUGUAGUGAUGAGAAGAGAAAAGAAUUGUGUUCUGUUAAAAUGCUUAAAGGUACGAUCAUAACAGCCUUGAUUUUACAUAAAAGUCCGAAUGAUAAUUUGCUUAACGAGUUCUAUAUCUCAUGAGUAUAAUAUCCCAAUUAAGGUUUAGUGGCGAAGCUAUAACCAUGGCAACUGGUCAUGCUAUGUUAAUAAACCUGCAUCCAAAUAGGUUAAGGACAAUACACUCAAUACACUGCAAAUCAUUAAAAAUUUGCAUGGCAUGACCAUGUUUGGCUAACUUCGCCACUAUUCACGUUCACUGUUUACACCUUCUGUUGGGUCAUAUAUAUGGUAUAUAUAUAGGGCAGCCUCGUGAUGGCAGAAGACCCUGGGGACGAGAUUGAUAUAUACAGGACCAUAACUAGAUGUGAUAAUUGGGGUGGGGGGUUGCAUAUUCAUAUAUUCGUGUUCUGCCCUACUGAUUUCUUUUGAAAGCGAUUGUUUUUACGGUAUGAGAACGUGAAUAUAUGAAUAUGCAACACCCCCCCCCCCAAUUAUCGCGUCUGGUUACGGCACUGGACAUAUAGGGUAUAGUCAGAAAAUAUAUAAGAAAUUCUGUUUAUUAAAACCUUCUGGCGUUGUUAAAAUCUAGGAGUUCUUCUGUUCUGUAAUCUAAUGUGAACUAAUUUCUUUAUGGUGUGACAGUUUUCAAGUGUAACUAUAUUUAGUAUGGGAUUGGCAUCGGGGAACCAAAUUUAGAUACUGCAUGAAGAAACGUCUCAGAUCACCGAAACAAAAUUGGAUAAUUUUCUUGUUUUAGAGAGCGCUUCAGCGGAUGACCAUCGUGACUUAAUGAAUGAACUGACAACCAUUUCUACAAUUAGCUGUCAUGAAAAUAUUGUCAAUUUAAUUGGCGCCUGCACAAGUGAAGAUGGUAGGUAAUAAUUACGGAUAUAAAUAUCGCGUUUUUCGGACAUCUCGUUCGAUAAAACUGAUGUAGGUGGGUUUUUGUAGAUGCCUGGAAUAUUCGAACGCAAAUUUAUAUUCCAUUUUUAGACCUAACCACGAACAGUGGCGAAAAAUUGCAACUAUGGCCUACGCCAGGAAUCGAACCAUUAUGAAACAGCCAACAUAUUUUGAAUAUUACGAACUAUAUGAGAUAUAAAUUAACAUAGUAUUUCAAACCUAUUAACAUUUUAUACGUAAAAUGUUCUUUGAGACGUGUGAUGUCCCUUUCCCACGUGGGGCUUACAUAUCCAUAGCAUUCAUAGCGACGAGGGGCUCUGGCCAAAUCCAUAUCCGAACUGGCAUCUGGUUGGCUAUAGUUCUAACACCGGAUAUUGUUUUCUUACCAUGUUUUUGUGGUAUCCGGUUAUGGAUUUGGCCAGAGCUCCUCGUCGCACCGCGCGUAAGAAAGGCUCUGGGUACGAGAAUGAUAUCCAUAGUUACUACUAUAAACAUUCAAAAGAACAAAGGUAAUCAAUUGUAUGUUGGAGAAUUGGAUGCAUGCAUGGGUCCAUUGAAAUGGAAUAAUAUAUUAGUUGUAUUUCUUGAAAAACUCCUUUUGUUUUAUAGGUCCUUUACUUUUAGUGCUCGAGUUUUGCUCUCACGGCACUCUGGAGAGCAAUCUUCGAGAAGACAAGAAAAGUGAACAGAUGUUUAUGAAGAAGAACAAGAUAAAUUUGGCGAAUGAAAUUGCAAAAGGAAUGAGACAUCUUGCUGAUACAAGA